AAUGUGGCUCAGCUUAAAACAGCUCAGAUAGCUGACUGAACUCAUUCUCCUUGCAUAUAGUAACGGAGGGAGGCGCGGGGGGCUUGGACGAAACGUCUUGCUCUUUAUGCCUUCCCUCACAGAACUGAGAACCUUGAGUUGAAUUAAUUUGAUUUGACUCAAGGUGCCUGUGUGUGUCCAAGGGAUUAAGUCAGUUUUGAGCCUAUCAUCAAGGAAGUCAAACUUAACUGUGUUUUAUUUAAACGUGCUACUUUGAAAUACAGUUUUAAACUUUACAAUGCACACGUAAGUCGCUGCAAAGGCUUCAGCUUCCUUCUCUGAUCGGAAUGUUAAAGCUGCGUAUUCGCAAGACGCCUGUUGCACCGAGUUCACUGAAUGCAGGACUCUCUGUCCUGUAUUCACAGUAUAUGGAAAUCCAACAGAACAAGCCAUCAGAGAACAAAAUGGUGGUAGAGAAGUUCACAACACCAUCCGUGGCACAGCUGGCAGGAAAAUUCCAAGAUCAAUUACCCCUUUCUGGAAAGGAGAAACCAGCUACUAAACCAGCUCAUAGGAAGCCACCAUCUUCCCUUCCCCUCUACACACACAAGGCAGAAGUUGGCCAGAACGGUGAUCUAAAGCCAUCUCCAGAUGCUUCUCAUCCUGCACGGGUGAAGGUUAAAAGUUCUCCCCGGAUUGAAAAGCUCCAGGCCAAUCUUGCAUUUUCUCCAGCUUCUCUGUUGCCAGGAGCUUCUCCCAAAAGUCCUGGUCCCCCUCCUGCCAGUCCACACUUUCAUUCAAGUGAACCAGAUGAAACACCAGUCAGCUUUGAUCAGCCACCAGAGGGCACUCAUCUUCAGUUUUAUAACAAGGUACGGACACGAGGAUCAAUAAAACGCAGACCACCCUCUAGAAGAUUUCGAAAGUCACAGUCAGAAUAUGGCGAUGACCUAGAUUCAGGGCUAUUGGUUUCACCUCACGAAAAUGGUACCAAGUGUGAGGAUGAGGACGGCGUGUUCAUGGACAAGAGUAAGAAUACAGAGUCACUGUCUGACCCUUCAGAUGGCAUAGACCACCAUGAGAAACAAAACUGGACAGCCUCUGGUGAAAAGUCCCCUUCAGAUCCAGGGCUGAAUGACACAGAAAGUAGAGAGACAGAGGGAGGAGCAGAAGAAGUGACAUUAUGCAAAGAAGAGAAUCCACACCAGAACCAUUCAGAGGAAGAGUUGUGUGAAAACACCAAGGAAGAAAAAGAGAAGAGUCCCAGUCCUGACACUGCAAAAGAUACAAAAAGAAGGUCACGGAAGAGCACUUUGGGGGAUAGGGAGGAUGGUAAUGCUUCUGACAAGGAAAAGAACGAUAAAGGUGGUAAAUUAAGUGAGAACGAAGACAUGCAACAGAUACCAGGCACAGAAGACAAUGAGAUUCCACAGCCUACAAAAGAAAUGGAAGCUGAUGUGAGCACCCAGGUGUGAUGCCAGUCUAAUCACUGCACGCAUAGCAUAUGGGAAAUCAAAGUUAGGAUGGGGUUCCCACUGCAGUGCUUACUUAUGAAUGAGCUUGUGAAUGAAUGAGCUCUCCCUUACAUGAAAAUCCCAAAGAUGCCAGUGUUAUCUCCUUUUUCUUGACAGUUCUUAGGCCUUUGUGAUGGCAAAUCUGGUCAUCUCUGAUUGAAAACAGCCUCGUACAGACAAUGAACAUUCUAAGUUUCUCAGGCUGGUGACACAACAAAAAAAGCAUUGAAAAUCCUUCCAUAAUGAGUUAAAGAAUGUAAUGAUUGUCCUGGCUUUUUCAAUGUGUUUCAAAUGGAAAUAACUAUAAUGCAUAUUAGAUACAUUUUCUGAUUAAAGUUGACAUUUCCAAACCUC